AUGGGUUUCAUUUGUCUUAGAGUUAUGCUUCCAGUGGGUCUUACUUGUCUUGGAUUCCGGAUUUCUGGUUUUGGCAUUGCUUCAUUUUCUUCGUAUUCUCAAGUGGAUUUUACUUGUCUUGGAACUAGAGCUCCUGGUAGUUUCGCUUGUCUUGGAAUCAGGACUUCUAGUUUGGGCGCUGUUUCAUUUUCUUUGUAUUCUCAGCCUAUUUCUUUUUCAGGUGGGUUUCAUCUUCCUUCUUGGAAUCAGGCUUCUGGUUUUGGGCAUUUUAUUGUGUUCUCAGGUGGGUUUUAUUCGUCUUUUUGGAACUAG